UUUAAAAAGAAUAAUAUAAAUAUUAAAAAUAACAUUCCAUUUAUUUUCUAUAAAAAUAUACAGAACUAGAACUUUAAAAUUUGAUAUAUAUAAUUAUGAGCUUCGAUAUUGAUGAAGACUCCAUUCCAGCCAUUCGUGGUUGGGUAACAAAACAAGGUGGUUCACAUAAAAGCUGGAAGAAAAGAUGGUUCCAAACUACUCCACGUAAUCCAUUCAGAUUAGACUAUUAUACUAAUGACUCUUGCAGUUCAUUAAAAGGACAUAUAGAUAUGUCUCAAGUUACUGAUAUGAUUACUACAAGAAAUAAAGAUAAAGAUGGGUCAAUGAGAUAUGGAUUUCAAUUAGUAACUGAAAAAAGAACUUGGAAAUUGAUUGUAGAAGGAGAAGAAGAUGGUGAAUAUUGGAAAGAUUCAUUUAGAAAAUUAAUUAAUCAAGUAAGAAAAUCAAAAGGUCUUCCCCCUUUGGAACGUAAAAAACAUGACACUGGAAAACGCCAUCACCAUCAUCAUGAUAAAAAGAAAGAAGAGAAAAAAAAAACUACAACUACCUCUUCUACACCUGUUACUCCUGUUAAUGCUGCACCACCUCCUCCAACCCCUAUCACUGUAACUACUACUUCAAAUCCUACUACUGGUGUUGUCGUUGCUGCUGCACCACCACCUCCUCCAUCUAAAAUUAGUAUCGCUGCUGCACCACCACAUGUUACUAAUUACUCAAAACCUAUUAUUCAACAAGAACCUGAACAACAAGAAGAUUCUGAAAAACAACAAGAAGAAGAACAAUACGAUCAACAGGAUGAGCAAUAUGACCAACAGGAUGAGCAGUAUGAUCAAGAAGAAGAAGGUGAAUAUUCUGAUGAAGAAUAUGAUGAAGAUGAUGACAUUGCACCAGAAGAAAUUUAUGACAAUGAAAUAAGAGCUUGUGUACCACCUGAAAAAUAUGCUGUUGCUCUUCAUGAUUAUGAUUCUUCAACUGAAACUGAAUUAUCUAUUAAAAGAGGUCAAAAAAUUAUUAUUUUUGAUGAUUCUGAUCCAGAAGGAUGGCUUGGUGCUGAAACAAUUGAUGGAAGUAGAGGAUGGGUAUCUUCUCAUUACGUAAAAAUACUCCUUUAACUGUGCAGUUCCUUUUAUUUCAAUUGAUUUUUUAUAUUUUUUAAUAUAAUAACUUUAUAAAGUAUUUAAACAUUGAAAAUGUAAUAUAAAGAUAUUUUUUUUAUACUUAUCUGAUUU